AUGAUCUUUAUCUGUCGCCACCUUGAUGAGGGACUGAAGAGCGAUUACCUCACGGUUGAAGAUUUACUAACCCUCUGGAAGGCACUGAAAAAUAGAUACAAUCAUCAGAAAACGGUGAUUCUUCCAAGCGCUCGUUAUGAGUGGACUCACCUAAGGAUCCAGGAUUUUAAGACGGUGGCUGAGUACAAUUUUGCUAUGUUCAGAAUUACCUCCCAGUUGAAGCUCUGUGGAGAAACCUUUACUGAGGAAGACAUGCUGGAAAAGACUUUCAGCACUUUUCAUGCCUCUAACGUGUUCUUGCAGCAGCAGUAUAGAGAGCGAGGCUUUACUCAGUACAACCAGUUGAUAUCUGUGCUCCUUGUAGCUGAGCAAAACAAUGAGCUUCUAAUGAAGAAUCAUCAGUCUUGA